CAAGAGGACCCAGCCAAGUUGUCGCCAUAAUGACCAAACCAAAAUGGCUGCUCUCAGAGAUUAGUUGACAGUCAGCUGGAUUCGGUUUGAUUAGAGCCUUCUGUAUUUCAACGACUCUCUAAAAUGAAACGACUAAAUAAGUAGCACAGCAGCAAGAGUGAACGGUAUUCAUAAAACUACGGAUACACUGGAUUUAGAGAUCACAAUGAUCAAGUUCCUUCUGAUGGUUAACAAGCAGGGCCAGACCCGCCUGUCUAAGUAUUAUGAGCAGGUGGACAUUGAGAAGAGGCCUUCUCUGGAGACUGAUGUUGUCAAGAGAUGCCUGUCACGCAAAAAAGAAGAGUGCUCUUUUGUGGAAUACAAGGACUUCAAACUAGUGUAUCGACAGUAUGCUGCUCUCUUCAUAGUUGUUGGUAUCAGUGACACUGAGAAUGAGCUGUCAAUCUAUGAGCUGGUACACAACUUUGUUGAGGUUCUUGACAAGUACUUUAGUCGUGUGAGUGAAUUGGAUAUCAUGUUCAACCUGGAUAAAGUGCACAUCAUCAUUGAUGAGAUUAUCCAGAAUGGACACAUAGUGGAGACCAACAAGAACCGCAUCCUGGCACCUCUACUUGCUCUGGACAAGAUGGCUGAGGCACAUUGAGCAGUUGUUUGAACCAUAGACUUAGACAUCGCAUCAUUGUAUCUGUCCAAUUAUGACGUCUUUAAGAGCACGGGCAGCGCCAUUAAGGCCAUCUCCAUAAUGAAGUACUCCAUUUUUUUCUAUGAGUUGGGAAACUGAAAGGGUGCACACUGCCACCUAGAGUGUGUUGUUUGAACAGGAAUAAAGCAGAGGUUGGCGAUUUACUGACACCUGCAGUUAUGGAAUGUCUUCUCACAAGUAUAAUUAAUUGGCUGAUUCCUCCUGGUAACCUGGAUGGAAUUAUGAUCCUUGAAGGAAAACCACCCAAAAAAGAUAUUUUGGUAUUUGUUUCAUUAGUCCAUUGCUGACAUAGUCCCAAAAUGUUUUGCUUGUCAGCAAUCAAGUUAAGAUUUGUAACUUUCAAACCAUCCCCAUAUGAUGCAUUUUGCACCAUACAGGGAUGAUUUCUGUAUUUUAAUGCCACAUUGAAAAAUACGAGGUCAAACCAUGGUGUCAGAGCUCUAGAAAGAGGCCAGAGUUCCCGAGUUGGAUGACCGUUCAAAUAGAUUUUUCUCCAGUUGGAACCCCUUUUUGUUUUUAACGCACUGAAGUCCGAAAUUCCUGAGUUCCCAGUUGUUUUAAACGUGGCACGAAAGUUGCAUAACUUGAAAACUUGAUUGCUGACAAGCAAAACAUGUCAACAAUGAAAUAAGUACCAAAAUAUUGUUUUUUGGGUGAAGUUUUCCUUCACAUAAUUCCAUCCAGGUCACCACUUCAAAGUGGUGAAAGUUCAAGGGCGGUGCCCCCUAGAGAAUGAUGGAGGCCGCUAGUGUCACAGGCCGUAUUAGCAUGGGCAACUCCAUUGAGAGCUUCCACCAUUUUAAUGUAGUCAACUGGGUGAGACUUUCAACUUCUUUGGAUGAUUCCUCCUGGUGACCCUAUUGAAAUCAUCGAGAGAUCAGCCAAUUGUGAAGAAGAAAAUUGACUACUUCAAAAUGGAGAGCCUCAAUGGCACUGCCCAUCAGUUCAAUUGGCAGACAGAUAACCUUAUACAAAUACAAAGAUGAGUUCUCCAUGAGCUGCCCAUGCUAAAACAGGCUUUUGGACACUAGAGACCUCCAUCUAGCUCUAUGGUUUGAACAAACUAAGACUAGUGGCAAGAAAAAGUAUGUGAACUCUUUGGAAUUACCUGAAUUUCUGCAUAAAUUUGUCAUAAAAUGUGAUAUAAGUCACAGCGUGCUUAAACUAAUAACACAAACAAUUAUACAUUCGUCUUUAUUGAACACACCGUGUAAACAUUCAGUGUAGGGUGGAAAAAGAAUGUGAACCUUUGGAUUUAAUAACCGGUUGACCCUCCUUUGGCAACAAACUCAACCAAACAUUUGAGGUUGCGGAUCAGACCUGCACAACGGUCAGGAGGCAUUUUGGACCAUUCAUCUUCACAAAAUGGUUUCAGUUCAGCGAUAUCUGGUGUGCACCGCUCGAGGUCAUGCCACAGCUUUUUUUUAUUUUAUUUUUUUACUUUUUUGAGGUCGAGGUUGAGGUCAGGACUCUGACUGGGCCACUCCAGAAGGCGUAUU